GCGUUCCUUUGAAGAAUCAACUCACGGCAUUGACGCAAGGACGCGACAAGUCCACUUGAUUCGCUGACGAAUAUCCAUCUAUCUGACGCCGUUUUAUGGUGACAUUUACGGUCUCUUCUCAAUUCGAAGAAAACACGUGCUUCAAUGCCAAGUCACAACCCUCAAAGCCGAAGGUGGGGGGAGGGAAGGAGAGCCCGGAACGACGAGUCGACGACGACGACCAGAGCCCUAAACGUCUCUCCCGAAGGUCGCCAUUAAUGGCGGCGAGAACGACCAAGGUCAAAGGUCCCGCUUCUACGCCUGGGCGGACGACCGCAAGGGUUUGGCUCUACCUGGCACUCCUCACCCUGCAGUAUGGAGCUCAGCCUUUGAUCUCCAAACGGUUCACCGGACCAAAAGUUAUUGUGACUUCAUCUGUUUUGGCAUGUGAAGUAGCAAAGGUUAUAUGUGCCGUUUUUCUCAUAACAAAAGAUGGUAGUUUGAAGAAACUAUACAAGGAGUGGACACUGGUUGGCUCUUUGACUGCUUCAGGGCUUCCAGCAGCUAUUUAUGCAGUGCAAAAUAGUUUGCUGCAGAUUUCUUACAAAAAUCUUGAUUCACUCACAUUCUCAAUCCUGAACCAGACAAAGUUAUUUUUCACAGCUUUAUUUACGUACAUAAUAUUGAGGCAAAAGCAAUCAGUUCAACAAAUUGGGGCCCUUUUCUUGUUAAUAAUUGCUGCUAUUCUUCUGAGCAUUGGUGAAGGUUCUAGUAAAGGUUCCAGUGAUGGGAACCCUGACCAAAUUUUAUUUUAUGGAAUUGUUCCUGUCUUGGUUGCUUCUGUACUUUCAGGUCUGGCUUCUGCUCUGUGUCAGUGGGCGUCUCAGGUUAAAAAACACACAUCAUACUUGAUGACUGUAGAAAUGUCUAUUGUUGGAAGCUUGUGCUUAAUGGCUAGUAUGUAUAAGUCCCCUGAUGGAGAAGCUAUCAGAAGGCAUGGGUUCUUUUAUGGUUGGACUCCGCUAACUUUGAUACCCAUUAUAAGCAAUGCCUUGGGUGGAAUUCUUGUUGGCCUCGUUACGACCUAUGCUGGUGGUGUUCGAAAGGGUUUCGUCAUUGUUUCGGCCUUACUUGUCACAGCGUUGCUGCAGUUUAUUUUCGACGGGAAGCCACCUUCGUUCUACUGUCUUGUGGCUCUUCCAAUUGUGACCAGUAGCAUUUCAGUAUACCAGAAGUACCCUUACCAAGUUAAAAAGAAGGAAGCUUAAACUGUAUACUUGAGAACAAUUAGGUGAUUUAAAUACGUCUGUAGCCACAAUUGGUACAAGUUUCAUUUUAUUCGUUACUGAAAAUUUUUGUGUACCAAAAUUACUUAGCAGUGAAGGGAAUUCAUGAGGCAUGCAUGCUUGCUCUUGUCAAA